GAUGAUAUUGUAGAUGAGCUUGAAAAUUAUACUAUCUAUAAUGCUUUACUAAAUGCAGCUGAAGCAUGGUCUAUGGUAUCGCCUCAAACAAUUUCAAACUGUUGGAUAAAACAAGUAAAUAAUGAAAUUGAAGAAACACCUGAAAAUUAUGAUACGGAUAUGAUGGAUGAAGAUGAAUUUAUACCUAUAUUAGAAAAAGUUAGUUUAAUAGAAGCGGAAAAUGCUGCAGAUAAAAUAAUAAGGUUUUUAUAUGAGCAAGAGCCAGAAUUUGGCGAAGUAAAUGAAGAAUUAGAAAUUCAUAAGGAUUACAAAAGCGAGUGA